ACUAGCUGACAAAAAACAAGUCUUAAACAAUCAAUGCAAAGUUCCAGUGAACUCUCUCCACUCUCCACUCUCCCUCACUUCUCUUCUCUUCUCUCUGAACUCAUAAAACAAGGAGUAGAGUGAGAAAACGAAGAUAGAAAGUCUGUUUCCUGAUUUUCUUCAAUCAAACCCUAGAAAUACAUUUUAUUAUCAGUCCGAGUCUCUUAUUUAAAAAGAAAACUAGAAAAUCAGAAGAAAAAAAGAGAAAUGAAGUUUAUUCUGAUCUCAGAUAAUUUUUAAAAGUUUGAUGUACAUAAUACUGUUUUCCCAAACCCUAGUUUAGAUAAGAACCCCAUUUAUCGUUUCUCAUUUCUAUCCGUUCAUCUACUCAAAAUGAAGUAAAUCCAUGAUUUAUCUUCAUAUGUAAAGCUCUGGGGUGUGCUUGUGCAGUUUCUGUAUAUCAGAUUUGAAGCCCUAAAGAUUGGUUUUUUAAGAGUAUGUUAGGUUGUCAAUGAUUUGGGAGGUAAUCAAUGGUUUUGGGGAGAAAUGGGUGUUUGAUUUCAAAUUUAGCAGCAAAGUUAGCUUUUUUUCCACCACGUCCGUCAACUUAUCAGUUGAAGAAAGAAGAAAAUGGAAAGUUUGUUUUGGUUUCAUCAUCAAUUAAUCAGGAAGAUUCAUCAAUGGAUGUUAGACAACUCAAAACUAAGCGUGGGAAAAAGAUUGUAGCUAUGUAUCUAAGAAAUCCUUAUGCUCGUUUAACUCUUCUUUAUUCACAUGGAAAUGCAGCUGAUCUUGGUCAACUUUAUGAUCUUUUUGUUCAGCUCAAACUUAAUCUUAGAGUUAAUCUCAUGGGAUACGACUAUUCGGGGUAUGGGGCGUCUACUGGUAAGCCAAGUGAGCAUGAUACCUAUGCUGACAUUGAAGCAGUAUAUGAAUGUCUUCAAACUGAGUAUGGAGUUAGUCAAGAAGACUUGAUUUUGUAUGGUCAAUCAGUCGGAAGUGGACCCACGCUCCAUCUAGCAGCUAAGUUGCCAAGGUUGAGAGGUGUGGUUCUACACAGUGCUAUACUAUCAGGACUUCGCGUUCUUUGUCAAUUGAAAGUCACUCUCUGCUUUGACAUAUAUAAAAACAUCAACAAAAUUAAAAAGGUGAAAUGCCCGGUGCUUGUCAUACAUGGCACUGAAGAUGACGUAGUAAAUUGGUUUCAUGGAAAUGGGUUAUGGCAAUUAUCAAGGGAACCCUAUGAACCCUUAUGGAUCAAAGGAGGUGGACACUGCAACUUAGAGCUCUACCCUGAUUACAUACGUCAUUUGUAUGGAUUCAUCCAAGAAAUGGAGAAGAUGACAACAGAAACCCGCUUGAAGAAGAUCCGUCAAACUCUUAGGCUGCCAAAAACAAAUCCUAAUUCUUCGUCUACAACUGCUGCUACUAACAAAUGUUACUGUUCUUGUAGCAUUAGAUGUUGUUGCUGUUGGCCCAAGUGUCUGAGUUGCUCAUGUCCAGAUUGCUCAUGUCCGGAUUGCUCAUGUCUAAAUUGUUCUUGCCUGAGUUUCUCGCGAAUUCGUAAAUGCUGCCUAAAUUUUUUCUGCUGUCAAUAGUUCAGAUUGGUUGGGGAGAGGGUUUAGGGAACCGAAAUUGGGGUGAUUAUUAUGUUUUACAGAGAAAAAUAUUUGCUGGCAUCUGCUUAAACCCUCUUUCAUAGGCAGUCAUUGUUGUGUGCAAUAAGGAGGGAAACUGUUUAGUUGCAAGCAAAAAAAAUUAAAUGGAUAUUUUUUCAUCAUUUUAGAUUUUA